UGAAGGACGUGGGGACAUGGGCCAGAGAGGCCAGACCCAUACACCGACAGAAGCAAACCUGAGCUGUGCUGAAUAAACCCCAGGAUGGCGGAAGCACACCAGGCAGUAGCUUUCCAGUUCACUGUGACCCCAGACGGGGUCGACUUCCGGCUUAGUCGGGAGGCUCUGAGACACAUCUACCUGUCUGGAAUCAACUCCUGGAAGAAACGCCUUAUUCGAAUCAAGAAUGGCAUCCUUAGGGGUGUGUACCCUGGCAGCCCCACCAGCUGGCUGGUUGUUGUCAUGGCAACAGUUGGUUCCAACUACUGCAAGGUGGACAUCUCCAUGGGACUGGUCGAUUGCAUCCAGAGAUGCCUCCCGGAAAGGUAUGGCCACUUUGGGACCCCACAGACAGAGGCACUUCUCAGCAUGGUCAUCUUCUCCACCGGAGUCUGGGCGACAGGCAUUUUCUUCUUCCGACAAACCCUGAAGCUGCUGCUCUCCUACCACGGGUGGAUGUUCGAGAUGCACAGCAAGACCAGCCAUGCCACCAAGAUCUGGGCUAUCUGUGUCCGUCUCCUGUCCAGCCGGCGGCCCAUGCUCUACAGCUUCCAAACGUCACUGCCUAAGCUUCCUGUCCCCAGCGUGCCAGCCACAAUUCACCGGUACUUGGAUUCUGUGCGGCCCUUAUUGGAUGAUGAAGCAUAUUACCGCAUGGAGACAUUGGCCAAGGAAUUCCAGGACAAGACUGCCCCCAGGCUGCAGAAAUACCUGGUGCUCAAGUCAUGGUGGGCAACUAACUAUGUGAGUGACUGGUGGGAAGAAUAUGUCUACCUCCGAAGCAGGAGCCCCCUCAUGGUGAACAGCAACUAUUAUGCCAUGGAUUUUGUGCUUAUUAAGAACACAAAUGUGCAAGCAGCCCGUCUAGGCAAUGCCGUUCACGCCAUGAUCAUGUAUCGCCGCAAACUGGACCGUGAAGAGAUCAAGCCGGUCAUGGCACUGGGUAUGGUGCCCAUGUGCUCCUACCAGAUGGAGAGGAUGUUCAACACUACACGCAUCCCAGGCAAAGAGACAGACUUGCUACAGCACCUCUCAGAGAGCAGGCACGUGGCUGUCUACCACAAAGGUCGCUUCUUCAAGGUCUGGCUCUAUGAGGGCUCGCGCCUGCUCAAGCCCCGAGACCUGGAGAUGCAGUUCCAGAGAAUCCUCGACGACCCUUCCCCACCUCAGCCUGGGGAGGAGAAGCUGGCAGCCCUCACCGCAGGAGGAAGGGUAGAGUGGGCAGAGGCACGUCAGACCUUCUUCAGCUCUGGCAAGAACAAGAUGUCUCUGGACGCCAUCGAACGUGCUGCUUUCUUUGUGACCCUGGAUGAAGAUUCUCAUUGCUACAACCCUGACGAUGAGACCAGUCUUAGCCUCUACGGCAAAGCCUUGCUCCAUGGCAACUGCUAUAACAGGUGGUUUGACAAAUCUUUCACCCUUAUCUCCUGCAAGAAUGGCCUGUUAGGCCUCAACACCGAACACUCGUGGGCAGACGCGCCCAUCAUUGGGCACCUCUGGGAGUUUGUCCUGGGCACUGAUACCUUUCACCUGGGCUACACGGAGACAGGACACUGUGUGGGUGAGCCAAACACCACGUUGCCACCCCCUCAGCGGCUGCCGUGGGACAUUCCCGAGCAGUGCCGGGAAGCCAUCGAGAACUCGUACCAAGUAGCCAAGGCACUGGCCGAUGACGUGGAGCUCUACUGCUUCCAGUUCUUACCCUUUGGCAAAGGUCUUAUCAAGAAGUGUAGGACCAGCCCCGACGCUUUUGUGCAGAUUGCCCUACAGCUGGCUCAUUUCCGGGACAAAGGCAAGUUCUGCCUGACUUACGAGGCCUCGAUGACAAGAAUGUUCCGAGAGGGGCGGACUGAGACUGUGCGUUCCUGUACCAACGAGUCCGCAGCCUUUGUGCAGGCCAUGAUGAAGGGGUCCCAUAAGAAACAAGACCUCCAAGAUCUCUUCCGGAAAGCCUCCGAAAAGCACCAAAACAUGUACCGCCUAGCCAUGACAGGGGCUGGGAUCGACCGGCACCUCUUCUGCCUUUACAUCGUCUCCAAGUACUUAGGAGUUAGCUCUCCUUUCCUGGCUGAGGUACUUUCUGAACCCUGGAGCCUCUCCACCAGCCAGAUCCCCCAGUUCCAGAUCUGCAUGUUUGACCCAAAACAGUAUCCCAAUCAUCUGGGUGCUGGAGGUGGCUUUGGUCCCGUGGCGGAUGAUGGCUACGGGGUCUCUUACAUGAUCGCAGGAGAAAACACCAUGUUCUUCCACAUCUCCAGCAAAUACUCAAGUUCAGAGACGAACGCCCAGCGCUUUGGGAACCACAUCCGCCAAGCACUGUUGGACAUCGCCGAACUUUUCAAAAUUUCCAAGACAGACAGCUGAGGAAAAGAGAUACCCCAGCUGCCCUCUGGUCCCCACCUGGUGGAAGAAGAGGCCUGUGGCCAGCUCACAGGCAUAAGGGGUGGCGUGCACACACGCCCAGUUCGGAGAACAGCUCUUGAGGCAGUGCUCCCCGGAGGAGGCAGUGCUCCCUGGGCAGAUACUGCUCCUCUAGGGCCCCCGCUGGAGGUGGGAUUGGAGCAGCAGGGGAAUUUUGAUUUUUUUUUUUUUUUUUUGGCUUGGUAGAUGUUAAUAAAAAUAAGGCUGUAUAAUUCUUACUUGGCUGUUAGGUGCCUAUGUUUUUGUUAGAGAACGAUAAGGCCCUUUCCUGCCCCAGCUCAGCCUAGGAUGGAGGCGAUGGAAGGGGUCGGAGAAUGUUCAUAAUGGGCUUCUUACCUGCUUUGAAAUGGGUGCUCUUCUUGAAUAAUGCGGACUUGGAGAGCGCUGUCCAACCUCUCAUGUGCACUUGGAAUAAAUUCUUACUUUAGAACCUU